UUUUAUAUUUGAACUAAUUUCCCGCCCCCGUCUCACUCUCACUCUCCUUAAUCGCCUUAGUGGGCCUCUGUUGAUCAUCGUCGCUAGGGUUUUCAAAAUCGAAGAAGAUGAAACGUAGUCGCAAGGAGAAAAAACCUGAAAUUUCAAAGCUGAUGUUAGAGGAAAUAGUCGGUUUUACAACUGGGAAUGCAAAUGGACUUGCUGCGGCUUCCGGAGUUUCGAAUUCGAAAUGUGUGUAUAUUGCGGGCUGUGUUGCUGUGGUUUAUGACGUAGAUUCGUGCACGCAGUCGCAUUUGGUAGUGUCUGAUCGAUUGCCGAAGCCGUUGAGCUGUGUUGCCAUUUCACUUGAUGGACGUUUUAUCGCUGCUGGAGAGUCAGGACCUCAUCCUGCAGUAGUGAUAUGGGAAGCAGCAAGUUUGGCUCGGACAUGCGAAUUGAAGGCGCAUCAACACGGCGUAGCGUGCAUUGCCUUUUCACCUGAUGGCCAACACCUCGCUUCUGUUGGAUAUCCUCAUGAUGGAUAUGUUUGCCUUUGGGAUUUCCAGAGUGAGACAUUAAUUACAAAAUGCAAGGGGUUCACGCCAAGUUCUGCAGUUGAAUCUGUUAGCUUCUCAUCAGAUGGAAGAUUGUUUAUCACUGCCGGAAAGAAGCACCUGAAGUUCUGGAAAUUGGGAUUACCUACCAGAUCUCAUAGGAAAGCUAGAACAGCAUCAGGAGCAAUUGGAAAGCAGGCUAAUCUUGGUCAUCAUAAAGGAUGCUCGUUCAUAGCUGUUGCAUCUUCCACGUGGCGUGAGAGUAGUCUCCUAGAUCACAUUCGCACUGGUGAAGCUUCGCAUGUUUAUGCGCUGACAGAUGCAGGGGUUUUGUGCCUUCUAAACUCGGAGAUGACUAUAGCAACUUCUGUGGAAUUACAGGUUGAGAAAGCUUUUGGACUAUCAGUAUCCAGAAAGUUGGUUGCUUGUGCAUGCAAUAAUGGACAAGUUAAACUCUUUGCUGCAAACUCUCUUUUAUAUGCUGGGAGCUUAUACUAUGCUGAAACCAGAUGCAGUAAAGAAAGUGCUGCAGACUGUCAUGCAAUGAUUGAAAAAAAUCGAUAUGAGCAGUUGGAGAGUCUGCCUAACACAAUUGCUUGUCAGUUUUCAUCAUUGCAAAAACUUGUUGUCAUCUAUGACGAUCGCAGCAUUUACAUAUGGGAUGUUCAGGAUGUUGACAAGGCCACCAGGUGCUCUGUGCUAGUUUCACAUAGUGCCUGCAUAUGGGACAUCAAGAAUUUCUCAUGCGAAAACAUGCAUGAUCCCUCUAAAGCAUGUGCUGCUAACGGCUGUUCUGGUGGAGUUUCUUUUGCAACAUGCUCAGCUGAUGGCAGCAUCAGGGUGUGGGAUCUUGAAUUACAAUCUAUCUCAUCAGACAGUAGCUUUCCUAUUCCAACAAAAGACAAAUCUUUGAGUUCCCUUUCAGCAGGCUCUAUGCUUUUAGCGAGGGCUGGUGUUUUUGAACGUGAAUCUCUGGCAUCAGGCUUUGCCUCUACAGGUUAUCGUUCAAUGGCUGUCAGUUCAGAUGGAAGGUAUCUGGGAGCUGGUGAUUUCCUGGGAAAUCUGCAUAUAUUCAACCUACACACAGCUGAUUAUACAUGCAUCCAGGGUGCUCAUGAAGGCGAAAUUCUGUCGUUGAGUUUCAGCUUGCAAAGCAGUGACACUCCUGCUGAUAAGUUUCGCCACAGUCAUUAUUUUCUUGUCUCUGGGGGAAAGGAUGGCAUGAUUCAUCUCUAUGAUGCGGAAAGGAACUUUGACCUCAUCGGGAGUUUUCGUGAUCAUUCUGCUCCUGUGACCUGCGUGAAAUGCACUUGCAGUGGCACUAAGAUUCUCAGUUGUAACGCAGAUAGGUCUCUGGUUUUCUGUGAUGUUGCUAUGAUCGAUUCAGCAUACAAGAUAUCUUGCUAUCAUCGAGUCUUACCGGGAGUUGUAUAUGACAUGGCAGUUGAUGCUUCCACUGAGAUUGCUGUCACUAUAGGGCAGGAUAAGAAGAUUAACACAUUCAGCAUUCCUUCUGGGAAGUUAAUCAGGUCAUUUAAGCAUAUUGGAGGUUUUGGGGAUCCUCUAAAGGUAUGUGUGGACCCUAGCUGCAGUUAUCUGGUUUGCUCCGACUCGUUUAAGAUUCUUUGCUUAUAUGACAAUAUGUCUGGGAAUAUGGUCGCACAAGCAGUUGGGCAUGGUGAUGUUAUAACUGGUGUCAUCUUUUUACCUGACUGCAAGCAUCUAGUUUCUGUAAGUUGUGAUGGUUGUAUCUUUGUUUGGAAACUCCCUAGUUCUUUAUCGUCUGUGAUGCUGCGGAAAAUUAAGGAAAAUGCUUGUCCGUUAUCCCCAGAAAAAUUUGCUGCUCCAGCAACUUCAGAUCAAAUCAAAUUUCACGAGGUUAAUUACCGCCAACCUGAAGGCAUAUAUAUGACCCCAAAACUCUUCCAGGUAAAUCAGAGAGUACUCUGUCGAGAAGGGAGUUCUCCAGGGACGGCACUUAAAUUCAGCAUUUCAAGACUCCCGAAAUGGGCACAAGCCAAAGUUACUAAUCCUCAUUCUUUGAUGGCUGACCCUAAAUCCAAGACUGGAAAAAAUGAAUCUCCCAAUAUGCAUAGACCAACCAGUGAAACAAUUCUUAUGUGUGAAGAGGCAAUAAAUAAUUUGGAUGUUGCAGCUGAGAGAGCAGUGCAGUUGUUUUCUAAUUUUGCAAAUCAGCAUUCCAGAAUAGAGAGUUCAAGGGAGCAUGAAAAUCAGUCAUUAGCCAAGGCAGCUGAAAUGCUUGUGCUAAUAGCAAAGAAAAUCCAUAGUGCUGCCAAAAUGGCAAAAUCUGCCAAUAUUGGUUCCAACGGGAAGGCCGAAAUGGAUAUUUCAAUUUUCAACCAAUGAAAUCUGAGAUUGUUAGAUGAAUACUGAUCCACAUCAACUAGUAAAGCUGAAGGAUUGCCACUAGCUUGUUAUCUCAGGACUUCUGUUCCUUGCUACAGCAGCUUCCCAAGAUCCAGACCUUCCUACAAAACAAGCCAGUUUGCUACUAUGGAAGGAUGCGCUGAUGGGAGGUUCUCUAUUAAGUCAGGCUACUCAAUUCUCUCCAGGAAAAAUGCUGUAAAUGCUGACUGGCCUGGGAAACAUAUUUGGAGGAGUACAGCCCCUACUAAAGUCGAAUGUUUCACUUGGUUCGUCACAGAUAAUGCUGUCUUAACGCAUAAAAAUCUGUGAAUGUGAGGCUUUAACAUAUGUAGCAGGUGCACUCCCUGCGAAAAUCAGAUUGAAGACACUGACACUUAUUCAUUCAUUGCACAUUUACUUCUGAGAUUUGGAAUCUUCUUUGACAUCUUGGGCCUUUCCUGGGCUACGCCGAAAUCUACAGUUGAUUUAUCGCAUUGCUGGCAGAGGAAAGGUCUAUGGAAAGCUGCUGUCAAGUUCUGGAAUUCAAUUCGCAACCAUUUGGUGGUCUCUCUGGAAGGAAAGAAACGCAAGACAUUUUUAGAGCAAAAAAGAAUCUUCUUCUCACAUAGUAAAGCUGAGAUAUAUUUCCUCUUUGCUUUUUUUUAAUGCAACAUGGCCUCAUUUAAUGAUGUAGAAGCCAUGAUUGAUAUUUUGAGCUCAUUACACGCCAUGCUUGCUAUACUGUACAUACUCACCAGCGUAUACAUGUUGCUGGUUAUCAAUAAAAAUACCUUUUAC